UGAAAUGGAAAUGCUAAAGCUCAGUGUUGUAUUAUUGACACCGCUUCUGGCGUUUGGUGGAGACUGUUCUUUCCAAUCCCCGUUGGGCACGUGUAGAGGUGCAAUGUGGCCCAAGCUCGUCAUACGUCAUGCUCUAGUGCCAUCUGCUCGUCCCUCCACUCUUCUUGUAGCAUCUGCACGUCUCACCGCUACGCACCAACAUGGCAGUGCCGAGGAAUUCACUACGAGCUUUCCUCACGCACGCGAGAGGCGCACUUCGCGAUGCUAUUGAUUGCAGUCAGAAGAUCACGUUUGUGAUUGGCAAUGAAUCGGCCGACCUUGAUUCCAUGUCAAGCUCGAUUCUCUACGCAUACCUUCGGUCCAUGUCGCCGCAGAAGAAGGCGUUUAGUUCAGUCUACGUGCCAAUCACAAAUAUUCCAGCUGCCGAUAUCCAGUUGCGACCGGAGUAUCUUGCCGUUUUCAAGCACGCUAACAUCGAGUCCAAGCAUUUGAUUACACUGGAUGAUCUUCCUGCAUUGUCAGAUAUCCGGUCCAAACUCGCACCCGAGAAUACACGGUGGAUUCUUGUAGACCACAAUGCUCUCCAGGGCCAGCUGGGCGACAUCUAUGCUGACCGCGUGGCCGGCGUUGUUGACCACCAUGAUGACGAAGGCAAGGUGCCAGCAGACACGGGUGAAGAAGGUCGAAUUAUUGAAAAAAGCGGCAGUUGCACUAGUCUUGUAGCCAAUUAUUGCCGCCCGGCGUGGGAUGUCCUCUCUGAAUCGUCGAUGUCUUCUGGGGCAUCCCAUGGACAAGAUGACAGCUUGUCAAACGACGCGGCCUUUGUCCAGCAGUGGGACGCGGAUAUAGCCCAGCUGGGGCUGGCUAGUAUCCUCAUUGACACGGCCAAUCUCCAGGAUGCGAGCAAAACGACCGAGCACGACCGUGAAGCAGUCGGGUACCUCGAAGCCAAGAUUAUGCUUUGCCCCCGAUUGGCUGCAAGCUUCGAUCGGACUAGGUUUUAUGAGGAGAUUGAUGCAGCAAAGAAGGACAUUGGUAGCCUACAGCUGCAAGACAUAUUGCGGAAGGAUUACAAGCAGUGGGAUGAGGCGCAGAGACUGGGCAUUAGCUCUGUUGUCAAGUGCAUCGGGUUUUUGGAGAAGAAGGCUGGCGAUGAAGGCAAUGCGUCACCACGCGAAGCGUUGUUGCAAGCGAUCAAGAAGUUUGCAAAGGAUCGUGAGCUGGGUGUGUUCUGUCUGAUGACGACGUCGACGUCUGCGAGCGGGCAGUUUGAGAGAGAGCUUCUUUUGUGGGCUUUCGACGAAGCAGGAGUAUCAGCUGCCAAAGCCUUUGCCGCAAAUGCACGGGAGGAGCUGGGUCUGGAAGACUGGCAGGGUUACAGCGACCUGGACAGUGGAAGCGAGUGGAGAAAAGUUUGGUGGCAAAGACAAGUACAGCACAGCCGGAAACGUGUCGCGCCGUUGCUCAGGGAAGCCAUGACAUGACUAUGGUCGGCGGGUAGCAAGCUGUAGUGGGGAGAGUUAGACUGGUAGACGUAUGGGGAGGGCACAUGGCAGGGUAGCAAACGGUAUUUUGGGCAAAGCGCUACGCCGAGAGGCCGGAAGGGGAAUGGAUGGGAUUGGUAUGUUUGCAUGUGUUU